AUGGAUGCCAGAUUUCACAACUUGGGAUUUGCCACUAACCCACAGCCAAACGCAUUCAAGAAUUUGUGCAAUUCCAUACAAACAGGAGGAAGUGAAGCGGAUGUCAUGUACUGUGCCGACACAACCCUACGGCUAGAUUCGCCUGGUUUCCCAAGCCCUUUCACCCCCGCCCCAAAGGGAGUCAAACGCAAGUGGGGCGCCGCAGGUGGCCCUUCGAACCAUCUUUUUGAGUCCUCACUGAAUCUCCGCCUUGGUCACUCCUCAAGUUCCUCUGAAAGCAAGGGCAGCACGGGAACCGCGUGCACCUCGAUGUCCAAGGAAACUGAGGAGGAGUCAUCUAUGGACAUUGAGCUGGACUUCUCUCUCCACCUCGGUGGUGAUAACAAGUCAUCUGUUCUGGAGAAGUCUACCAGCUGGGAUUUAAAAUCGCCUGAUGCGUCUCCUGUGGUUGAUCUGCAAUUGUGCCUCUCGAGCGGGCCCGCCAUUUCCGAUAUCACGCUCCUCCACCCGAGUCCAAGCACUCCGAGCAUCAUCACGAACACGCACACAGGCUUUGGGAAAACAAGCCAGAUAUCAGCGGGCCGCUCAUCGAGUGUAGUAACAACACCGAAUAGCUCAGUCACCUGUUCUUCCGGGAUACUAACUACUCAGUCACGGCAGGCGCGUAGCACUAGCACCAAACAAUGUCAGUACCAGGGUUGUUCCAAGGGGGCGAGAGGGGCGUCUGGCUUCUGCAUCGCCCACGGUGGGGGUCGCAGGUGCCAGCGGCCUGACUGCGGCAAGGGGGCCGAGGGCCGGACAGCCUUCUGCAAGGCCCACGGCGGUGGCCGGCGGUGCGAGUUCCUGGGGUGCACCAAAAGCGCGGAGGGGCGCACUGACUUCUGCAUCGCCCACGGUGGGGGGCGGCGGUGCAGCCACGAGGGGUGCACUAAGGCCGCCCGGGGGAAGUCUGGGCUUUGCAUCCGCCACGGCGGCGGCAAGCGGUGCAGGAUGGAGGGCUGCACGAGGAGCGCCGAGGGCCUGUCUGGCCUCUGCAUCUCCCACGGUGGGGGCCGCCGGUGUCAGCACCCUGGUUGCGGGAAAGGGGCCCAGGGGAGCACUAUGUUCUGCAAGGCCCACGGUGGUGGGAAGAGGUGCUCUUAUCCGGACUGCAAAAAGGGCGCGGAGGGAAGCACGCCCUUCUGCAAGGGACACGGAGGGGGAAAGCGGUGCUCAUUCGAGGGGGGUGGGGUGUGCCCAAAGAGCGUCCACGGGGGGACACUCUACUGUGUGGCCCACGGGGGAGGGAAAAGGUGCGCAGCCCCCGGGUGCACUAAGAGCGCGCGGGGGAGGACUGACUUCUGCGUGCGUCAUGGCGGGGGAAAGAGGUGCAGCCAUGAGGGGUGUGGGAAGAGCGCCCAAGGCAGCACCGACUUCUGUAAAGCGCAUGGCGGCGGGAGGCGGUGCAUGUGGGGCCACGUGGGUUGUGAGCAUGGGGCAGGGGAUGUGCCUUGUGGUGCCUUUGCAAGGGGCCGAACAGGGCUCUGUGUAUCCCAUGGGGCACUUGUGCAGGACAGGAGGGUUCACGGUGGGGCGACUGUGGGAGCUGGCUCUCAGGGUUCUAAGGCCGAUGGGAAUUGUGUCUUUGUGGGUGAGGGAGCGAGUUUGGGUGGUAUUGUGGCUUAUGCUGAAUUUGGUUCCGAGCAGACGGCUGGUCUCCCUGUUGGAAGCAACAGUGUGUCGACGGGUAAGGUACCGGAGGGAAGGGUGCAUGGAGGGAAUCUGAUGGCGAUGAUUACUGGGAAUCAUGGUUUCGGCUUUAGUGGUUCCAACAAAGGCAUAGAAGGCCCAUCUGGGCCUGGGGAGUCUGUAAUGACGCAUCGGACCUGGAUGUGA